AUAUACUCCUGACUUCAUCGAUAUUGGGUUUCUUUGUUCCAAUUACAACUUUUCGCACGCAAGCCUGACUGCUGUUUGAUUCACAUUUGUACAUAUUUUUUAUUCCCCCACACCGCCACGAAACAGCGCAGCUCCUCGAGCCAGACAGCAAGAGAAACCGCCAAGAUGGCGCAGGCUCCGGGUAGUUCAUACAACAACCCGUUGAAGAAGUUCAAGUUGGUGUUUCUCGGCGAGCAAAGUGUUGGCAAGACCUCCUUAAUAACACGGUUCAUGUACGAUUCGUUCGACAAUAUGUACCAAGCCACGAUCGGUAUCGACUUCUUAUCAAAAACUAUGUACCUUGAGGACCGAACAGUCCGUUUACAACUAUGGGAUACGGCUGGGCAGGAGCGUUUCCGCAGUUUGAUUCCUUCGUACAUACGCGAUUCAAGUGUUGCAGUGGUGGUCUACGAUAUCUCCAAUGCGAAGUCGUUCCAGAACACACGUAAAUGGGUAGACGACGUCCGGGGCGAGCGCGGGAACGAUGUCAUCAUUGUCUUGGUGGGAAACAAGACCGAUUUGAACGAUAAGCGCGAGGUGACGACGCAGCAGGGCGAGGAGGAGGCGAAGAAGAACAACCUGAUGUUCAUCGAGACGAGCGCGAAGGUUGGGCAUAACGUUAAGAACCUGUUCAGGAGGAUUGCUCAGGCUUUGCCGGGAAUGGAGGGGGCGGACAGUGCUGCGGCUGCUGGGAACCAAAUGAUCGAUGUGAACAUCAACAACUCGAACCAGUCACAAGAGGGAUGUGCGUGCUAGACGAUGGAGACGGAAAUGGAGACGGAAAUGGAGACAGAGAUGGAGAUGGAGGUGGUAGAAGUGUGGACCUUGGACCUCGUCGAUGUGGCUGUAUUUGACAUUAAUGCAUUAUGUGGCCGUGGGAGAUCUUGAGCAUAGCGGUUUUGGCGAGCCUUGUAUGAUAGUAUGAUAGCAUUGAAGAUACACCCUGGCUUGAGCAGAGAAUAGUUUGUUAAUUUGUAGUACUGGUAUAUAAUAUACUGUAUGAGAC